CAGUGACGAAGACGACAACAACAAAACACAGCAGUGUUAGCCUGCUGCUGGAAUAACAUUAGCUUGUGUUACACAACUCCAGAGGAAGGGGUCGAUGUCAACAGGAAUAUUCAUUAAUCAGUGAAUCGUAAUUUACACAACGAACAAUAUGAGCAGUUGUAUUACAAAUGACACAUACUUGCCUUGAAUCAAGGCUGUAUGUUGGUGUAGGAGUGUAAAUAUUUAGCAAGCAAGGUUGCUAUUUUCAGCUAACGUUAAUUCUCUUGCGAGGUGAUGGUAGCUAGCUAUCCGAACUCUACCAAUAAGCUAUAUGAAGUUAUGCUAUCUCGCUAAAGGAGAGGAUGCGAUUUAUCAAGCGAAGAAAUGCAGAGGGAUUUUAACAACUGACAUUUGAUGUUCAACUGUGGUGAACAUCUGCUAUUGGUGUCAAGACUACACUGGCAGCAAGUCAAGGACUAAAUGAACCAGGAAGGCAGAACUACAGAGUUUUGGAGAAUUCAACAUGAAGUUGUAUGUGUUUCAAGUCAACAAUGGAAGCACACUUACUUUUGAUACUGAACUUGCCGUCCAAACGGUGGCUGAUCUCAAACAUGCCAUCCAGGUUAAAUACAAGAUUGCAACCCAGCACCAGGUCCUGGUGGUCAAUGGAGGGGAGUGCAUGGUUGCAGAUCGACGGGUCUGCAGCUACAGUGCAGGCACUGAUACCAACCCCAUCUUCCUGUUCAAUAAGGAGAUGAUUUUAUGUGACCGAGCCCCCACCAUCCCCAAGACAACCUUCUCUAUCGAGAACGAAAUGGAGCUGAAAGUGGAGGAGUCCCUUAUGAUGCCAGCAGUCUUUCACACCGUUGCCUCACGAACACAACUCGCAGUGGAAAUGUAUGAAGUUGCCAAGAAACUUUGCUCCUUCUGUGAACGCCUGGUUCAUGAUGAACAUCUGCAACACCAAGGCUGGGCUGCCAUCAUGGCCAACCUGGAUGACUGUACGCUGUCCUAUCAAAAAUUGCUAUCGAAGUUUGACUCAGCCUACAUUAACUAUCAGCGGGACUUUGAGGACAUCAAAAUAAAACUUACCAAACUGGGGACGGCCGUAUCAGUCAUGGCCAAGAUUCCUCUGCUGGAGAGCUUGACCCGCCACAGCUACCGCGAGAGCCUGGAGAAGUCCAGCUCUCCCGUGCAGAGGCCCGAUGAGGAGGAGGAAGAUGAGGAUCGCUCGGCCCAGUCGGUCACGCCCAGCGCUGCCGACGGGCUGAGGAAGAGCCACGAACUGCCCCCCGCCAUGGGCGGAGCUUCUCUCCAGGCGGCUGAUGCCCCCCGCGGCGAUGGCAAGAUGACGGACAGCAGCGAGCUCAAGGCGGCACUGCAAGAGGCGGACUCGCCCGAAAAGGCAGCCUGCACCGGGAUCUCCUUUAACGUCACCCUCCUGGACUGGAUCAACGUCCAGGACCGACCUAAUGAUGUAGAGUCGGUGGUGCGGAAGUGCUUCGAUUCCAUCAACAGGUUGGACCCACGUAUCAUUCAGCCAUUUUUAGGAGAUUGCCAGGACACCAUUGCCAAACUUGAUAAUCAGAACAUGAAGGCCAUCAAGGGACUGGAGGACAGACUGUAUGCCCUUGACCAAAUGAUUGCAAGCUGUAAAAAGUUAGUCAAUGAACAGAAGGAACUUGCUCAGGGAUUUCUGGCCAAUCAGAAGAGGGCUGAAAACCUGAAGGACACCUCUGUGCUGCCUGACCUGUGUCUGAGUCAUGCAAACCAGCUAAUGAUCAUGCUGACCAACCACAGGAAGCUGCUGGAUAUCAAACAGAAGUGCACCACUGCCAAACAGGAACUCGCUAACAACUUACAAGUCCGUCUCAAAUGGUGCUGCUAUGUGAUGCUGCACGCGGACCAGGACGGGGAGAAGCUGCAGGCGCUGCUGCGGCUGUUGACUGAGCUGCUGGAGAGAGUGCGCGUGGUGGACGCGCUCAGCACCGUCCCCCAGAUGUAUUGCCUGGCCGUGGUGGAGGUGGUCAGGAGGAAGAUGUUCAUCAGACACUACAGAGCGUGGGCAAAUGCACUUGUGAAGGAUGGGAAACGAUUCUAUGAAGCAGAGAAGGCCAAAAGGGAAACCUUUGGGAAGCUAUUCAGGAAGUCAUUUCUUAGAAAUCGUUUGUUUCGGGGACUUGAUUCAUGGCCUCCAUUGUCUUUUUGCACUCGAAAGCCUCGCAAGUUUGACUUUGAGCUUCCAGACAUCUCUCUUGAGGACCUGCAGUAUCUAAAGUCUUGCUGUCCUGUCGAGGUUCAGCCUUUCCUCAGACUUGCUCCUGUUCCUCCCUCCAGGGUUCCUACACUUUGCGACUUUGAGCCUUUGAAUCAGCAUGUUCAGAUGCUUCAUCAGUUGGUCCAGGCUGCGCAAAGUGUAGAUGAGAUGUCUCAAACCAUCACUGACUUACUAAGCGAACAAAGGGCUUCCUGCAGUCAGAGUGCUCAGAGGUCAUCACAGUUCCCCCGGUCAGAAAGCACAACAGGGACGACGCCUACCUCCUCCAAAACACUAUCCUCCCUCACCAUCCCACCCCCCACCAGCCAGGCCCUGCCCGUCCCUGCGCCCCUCGAAGACCUGUCCCCCGACAGCAUCGACGCCCAUACCUUUGACUUCGAGACCAUCGGGCACCCCAGCAUGGACCCCGUCCUGCAGCAAGGCUCCCUGGACCUGGACUCCCUGGCCGAGAGCCCCGAGUCGGACUUCAUGUCGGCGGUGAACGAGUUUGUGAUCGAGGAGAACCUGUCGUCGCCGAACCCCAUCAGCGACCCCACCAGCCCCGACAUGAUGGUGGAGUCGCUCUACUCGUCGGUCAUCAACGCCAUCGACAGCAAGCGCAUCCUGGACACCACCACGCUGGAGCGGGAGAACUCGCGGAUGGCCGCGCUGCGCCUGUGCGCCGACCGCUACCGGGCGGCGGCCGAGGAGUCCCAGAGCGGCCUGCGCAGCGUCCGGGACGACCUGCACCACUUCCGCGGCCUGGUGGCCCGCGAGCAGCGGGACUUCGGCUUCGCCCUCAAGACGGUGACGGUGGAGGUGCGCGAGGUGGUGGGCCGCCUGCGGCUGUGCCACGAGGAGGAGGUGCGCGAGGGCCACCGCGCGGCGCUGGACGAGCUGCGGCGCGGGCACGAGGGGGAGGUGCAGACGCUCACCGAGGAGCUGGAGGCCAACCGCGGCAUCGUGCGCGACGUCCAGCGGGCCAUGCUGGAGCUGGAGGGCCGCAUCGAGCGCAAGGAGAAGGAGAGCGCCCAGCUGGAGGGCGACCGGGAGCGGGCGUCCGAGGAGCUCCGCGCCUCCCACCAGCAGGGCCUCCAGGAGCUGGAGCGCCAGCUCUCCGAGCGGGCCGAGGAGAUCAAAGCGGCCCUGGCCUCCCGCGACGAGCUGACCGGCCAGCUGAGCGCCCUCCAGCGGGACGCGGACCGCUGCCGGGAGGAGGCGCGCCAGGAGGCGCAGGAGGCCGAGCGGGAGCGCCUGCGGGAGCAGGAGGAGGCCCUGGGCCAGCGGCACGGCGCCGCCCUGGAGGCCGAGCGGCAGGAGCGCCGGGACGCCGUGGAGCGCCUGGCCCAGGAGCACCAGGCCGCGCUGCAGGGCCAGCAGGAGCUCCACGGCCGGCAGCUGGAGGAGCGGGCCGAGCGCCUGCGGGAGCUGGAGGAGCGCGUCCAGGAGCUGGCCGACGCCCGCUGCAAGCUGGAGGUGGAGAUGGCGCUCAAGGAGGCCGAGACGGAGGACGCGCGGCUCCAGAGCGAGGAGGCGCGCUCCCGGCGCGAGGAGGAGCUGGAGGCCCGCGUGGAGGCGCAGGCGGCGGAGCUGCGGCGGCAGGCCGAGGAGCUGGAGCGGCGGCUGCAGCGGCGCGGCGAGGAGCACGAGCUGGGCCUGGCCGAGCUGCGCGCCCUCCUGCGCCGCGAGAAGGACCACUGCAUCUCGGAGCUGGUGGAGCGCCACGAGGAGGAGCUGGCCGCCCUGCGGCAGGCGGCCGACGAGGCCCGGCGCGAGGCCGACCACCGGGCACAGGCGCUGCGGGACGAGCGCGACGAGCAGGCCGAGGCACUGAGGGCGGACGCCGAGGAGCGGGAGCGGCAGGCGGAGGCGCAGCUCGGCGACCUGCAGGCGGAGAACGCCCUCCUGGCCGAGCGGUGCCAGCACGGGCAGCAGCAGGAGGCGGAGGAGCGGGCGGAGGAGAGGGCCGAGGCCGUCAAGGCGGCGCUGGCCGAUGCCUUAAGAGACUUUGAACUCCAGAAGGAGGAGCUGGAGAAGAGACUGUUAGGAAAAAUACAAGUACUUGAAACCCAGCUCCAAGAGCGACAAUCCUCUGACAGGGUGUCAUUCUCAGAGGAGCCAUCGGAGGGCAGCAGAGAGCCGACGGGAGCAGCAGUGUCUCUGGACACGGGUCUGCAGGAGAAGCUGAGGGAGGAGAACAUAGACCUGCUGGCCAGACUGGAGCAGCUCGAGCACCGCAAGAACGAGGAGAUGCAGAACCUGAAGACCUCGCUCAUCGCAGAACAGCAGACAAAUUUCAACACUGUCCUGACGCGCGAGAAACUGAAGAAAGAGCAGAUCAUCAACGAGCUGACGGAGAAGCUCCGGAAGGUCACCCAGCAGCAGGAGAAAGACAAAGGCCUGAUCGAGACGCUGUCGGAGGACCGUGCCUCCAUGCUGCAGGAGAAGAAGCACCUGGAGGAGGAGCUGAACCGGCUGCGCAGCGGCGUGCUCGUCUCCUCGGCCUUCUUCAGCCCCGGCGCGGCGGCGGGCGCGGUGGGCGCGGCCUCCUCCAGCCAAGCUCUCGCGGAACCCGCCGGCGCCGUGGGCGGAGAGAUGCCCCUCGUCCUCCAGGAACCCGACCCCGAGAGGCUGGCCUCGGUCGCCUGUCUCCGAGACGACGAGAGGGUGGACCCUGCCGUGGAUGCCAGCAUGAUGGCCACGCAGUUUUUUUGUUUCAGCGAUAAUCCAUUGCUACUGUCGGAGGAGAAGCAACGGAUCCUCAUAUUAGAACGGACUCUACACAUGAAGGAGGAGGAGAACAAGAGGCUGAGUCAGAGACUGAUGUCUCAGAGCAUGUCGUCGGUGUCUUCAAGACAUUCAGAGAAGAUUGCUAUUCGAGAUUUCCAGGUAGGAGACUUGGUGCUGAUCAUCUUGGACGAGCGCCAUGACAACUACGUCCUCUUUACUGUGGGUCCCACGCUCUACUUCCUCCACUCAGAGUCCCUCAAUGCACUGGACCUCAAACCAGCGAUGGGUGCCUCCAGAAGACCUUGGGUUCUUGGAAAAGUUAUGGAAAAAGAGUACUGUCAAGCAAAGAAGGCUCAGAAUCGGUUCAAAGUUCCUCUCGGCACCAAAUUCUACAGAGUGAAAGCAGUGCCAUGGAACAAGAAAGUGUAGUAUCACCAAGUUGUGAAAUAUUGUAUAUGUUUAUAAUGUCUACAUUGAAAACAAAAACAAGACAAAAAAAACAAAAAAGAAAAACAGUUUCGCAUCAUUUAUGAUUCUCAUCAGCGAAGGAAAAGAAAUCAGCACCCGGAAAGACAUCGUCAUAAUCAUGAGAGUUUUUGCUCUCUAUUGCAAGACCCCAUAUUUUCCUCUCUCGCUCUCUUUUUUUUUAAUCCGGAAGAUUUGUAAAUUGUGGACCAAAUAACUUUACCAGGGCAUGCCCUACACAUAUUGGCCAAAAAGCCAUCAUACCUGUCUGUACAAUUAACUAAAAGUAUUUGGAUGUUAUAUAUUAGUUCACAUCAUUAUUCGCAUAUGUCCAUAUUUGUGGAAAAUACUGUAUCAUAAUCAGCCUAAUUACUUUGUAAGGUUCUGAAAGUAUACAUUUAUUAUAAAUGUCUAUGGAGGAAUGUUCAUGGCAUGCAUAUAGAUAUUAUAUUUUCUUUAAUUUACUUAUCCUGAUAUGUGUCUUGAUGGGAAAUAUAGGUUAUAUGCUGUUUGUUACUCACAGUAUGACCCUCUGUCGAUAAUUAAAUUAAAAUUGUACUUUUUUUUUGCCGGACAAGCUGCCUUGCGCAGUGGUCAACACAAUCCCUCAAAUGCACUUUCAGAAAAGAGAAAGCAAACAACUAAUGCUUUUGUUGAUACAAAAGGGAAGAAACAGUGCUGUUGAAAAGAAAAAAAAAAGAAGAAAAAAACCUACUAUGACGGCACAUUACUUCCCACUAUUAGAGAACAUUGACAUGUAGAAAGGAUGUAUUUAAUGUUUGUGGCUGUGUGUCAUUACUGGAUUGAACAUGCCAUUGUACAUUACUCAUCAAAUCACACGCGUAACAAAAGAGAAAAUGACUGUAUUGUAAAAGAAUUUAGAGUUUUCAAACAAUAAAGGUUUGAUCCAAACGCAUUCUAAGCGGAAGGUGCUUACAGCAGCACAGUUCCACACCAGAGUGUGCUUAUUGCCAGUGGUGCUCCAUUCACUUUCUAACAUUUGAAAAUAAAUCCCAUAAACUUCAAGCAUCAAA